ACAGGACGUGGCAGAGCGGCCGGCUGGUGGGGGAAGAUGGCGGUAGAGCGGAGCGCGCUUGGGGCCAGAGCCGGGGUCUGGAUGGGGGCAAGAGGCGGGAGCCGGCGCGGGCUGGCCCGCUUGUUCCCGCUGCUGCUCCUGCUCGGGUUGGCGGCCCGUGGCUCUGCUCUGUACUUCCACAUCGGGGAGACGGAGAAGAAGUGCUUCAUCGAGGAGAUCCCGGACGAGACCAUGGUCAUAGGGAACUACCGGACCCAGCUGUAUGACAAGCAGCGGGAGGAGUACCAGCCUGCCACCCCCGGCCUGGGCAUGUUCGUGGAGGUUAAAGACCCGGAUGACAAGGUUAUUCUUUCCAGGCAGUAUGGCUCAGAAGGCAGAUUCACUUUCACUUCUCACACUCCUGGAGAGCACCAGAUCUGCCUACACUCCAAUUCCACCAAGUUUUCCCUCUUUGCCGGAGGCAUGCUGAGAGUUCACCUGGACAUUCAGGUAGGUGAACAUGCCAACGACUAUGCAGAGAUUGCUGCCAAAGACAAGCUGAGUGAGCUGCAGCUUCGAGUUCGACAGCUAGUGGAACAAGUAGAACAGAUCCAGAAGGAGCAGAAUUACCAGAGGUGGCGAGAAGAGAGGUUUCGCCAGACCAGUGAAAGCACUAAUCAGCGAGUUCUGUGGUGGUCCAUUGUCCAGACUCUCAUCCUUGUGGCCAUUGGUGUCUGGCAGAUGAGGCACCUCAAGAGUUUCUUUGAAGCCAAGAAGCUGGUGUGAAGGGCCCAGGACACAGGGGCAAGUGAGAGUUUCUCCCCAGAAUGCAGGACUCAUGGGACUGUCUUUGGCUUACCCUGCCCCUACAUCCAGCCACAGCUGAUGCCCCUCUGCUGGCUCUGAUGGGAAGUGAAAAGCCUGGGACAUCUUCCUGCCUCCCAGGGCAGGUCCCCUUGCUCCCAUUCCAAGUGAAAGGGCUUGGGGAUUGGUUUCUUUCUGUCAAUGCAGGGAAGAGGAUGGGUUUCCAAUCAAAAGGAAACCCACUCUCCUCCCCUGGCUAAUUUUGCCUCUGUCUUUGACUGACUCUUUGGACAGAGUCAGAAGGCAGCUGGUAUCCUCACCCUGGAGGAUGCUUGCAAAUAGCUUUAUUGUCUUGCUGAAUAGGUGCCUGGACUGAGUCUAGCCCUUCCCACUUGGGCUGGGUGCCCUUUGCUAGGGCUCUUUGCAGUAAUACCCCUGGGGAAUGGGCCUAAGAGAAAUGGCUGCUGGUGAAAGGGACUAUGGGCCAUUCAGCACUUCACCAACACCAGUGUUAACUUUUCAGGGAUUGAGAGUUGGCUUCUGAUUUCCUUUUGUCUUCCUUUGUUGACUUGAGUCUUUGAAAUUGGGCAGGACUGCAGACAGCUUGGGGUCUUUCUUAUUCUCUCACCUUGACAUGUUGGGUCUGGGCUCUCCCUAGUGAGAUACCCCUCUCAGGCAGAGUUUGACCCCAGUGAAAUGCAUAGUGGGGAAAUGGGACUGUGGCAUGGGUGAAUUGAUUUCAUUCAGCUCCUUUAAGAGUUCAGUUUAUCCUCUCUAGGUUCUGAGCUAAAGGGAAUGGAGUCAGGCAAAGUGGCUUUCUGCACUGGGUAGAGGGGGAUGGGUUAGAGGAAUUUUAGUUACAGGUUUCAUUGUAAAUACCUCUUGGUUUGUUACAUGGAUUUCCCAAUAAAAACAUUUUUGGCCUGGUGUCCUGUCUUAAUCCAGAUAUUUACUAAGGUCUGCUAAGGUUUGGAACACCCCGUGCUAUGCUCAGUUAUGCUGUGGGGUUAUGAAAAUAAAUACGAACUAGUAGGCUUUCAAGGAACCUCUGUUUGGAGAAACAAGAACUCUUUGUGAAAAGUUAACAGUAAUUACAAAUACAUGCCUAUAGAACUUUCA